UCGAGGUUUAGAAGAUAGUAAUGAACACUACUGGCAGAGUGGGUGCUUGUGGUUCUUCAAGACUUGGACAUGUCGGAAGCCAUAGAUCAUUCAGGUGCGAGUGAAACACUAACAAAAUUGAAAACCAAAGCAAAAACGAACUUAGUGGACACACAAAAUUUCACAAACAUAUAAAUCUGGGAAACAAGCUUCCAAAGCCAGCUGAUCAAAAUAGUCAACCUCAGUUAAUCAGUUC